UUCAAUUAGCUUACAGCAUGUUUUGUUGUGUGGGGAGAAAAUAUGACGUCAUAAAAUUAUAGCAUAUAAACACUGAAUUUUUCAGGAAUCCUCACACUUUGUAAGAAAAGCAGAGAAAACAUGCACAAAUCGAUUUUUAUCCUUGGUUCUUUACUUGGCUUCGUUGUCUUCAGCACAGAAGCCUCUUUGCAUAAAACACCAGAGCACUGUGAGAAAACUUGUCAUCUAGACCAUGUGGGAUGUAGCUCAACUUGUCGAAAGCAGCAUAUGGGAAACAGAAAUGGAUUUUUAGACUGCUCUAAAACCUGCAAAUUUACAUAUUCUGCUUGCUCAGAAGGUUGUCUUCCAAAGGGAUUUUCGAACACUCCAAUUGUAGAAGCAGGAGUGACAACUCAAGCAACAAUUCCUGAUAUAUCAACCGCCAAAACUUCACCAACAUCAGUAUGUCUUAAAGCAUGUUCGGUGGUGAGAACCGGUUGUCAGAAUGAAUGCAAUCAAGAUCCAGAACCCGGAUGUCUCCCAGAAUGCACUACUGAUUAUGAUGAUUGCGUACAGGAAUGUGGCACAAGUGCUGUUGAGUCUUCUAAUAUACAAACCACUGCAACCAAUUCAACGAACCAACAAAAGAGAACCUGUUUGGUGCAAUGCUCUAUAGAAAAUGUAGAAUGUAUGGUGGGCUGUCAAACUGACGUUACCGAUACAUCUUGUCUGACUGAAUGUCCUGCAGAGCUAGCAGAAUGUCAAAAAGAGUGUAAUGACCAGUAUCCAGAAACAAAUGCUGCAGGUGGGAGUACAACAAAUACUGUAGAUACAGUACAAGUUGAGAUUAUGAAAGGUACGCAAGAAAACGCAGCUCAGACUGGAAAAUAUAACGUAUACACUGAACAAGUUCCAGCAGCUAAAAGGAACUCUCAGCAAUCAACAGAUGUCAACUGGGUUGACCCAUCUAAUACAAAUCAAGUUCAACCCUACUCAAUCCAUUCUACUUGUGUAAAGCUAUGUGCUACGGAACAAUCUGGUUGUCAAAGCGAAUGUGCUGCAACAGAUCCUUCUUGUCGAACUGAGUGCACACUUGAAUACGAUGAAUGUAUUACUGAAUGUAAUCAAGAUUAUGGACAAAACAAAAUGGGACAGAUAUCAGGAAAAAGUAAUUCUGCAGUUGGAAUAGCACAAAGAACUGGAUCUAUUAGUAUAUCAUCAGCACCAAAGGCAGGAACAGUCGCUGCUAGUGCAGCUACAACCCCAAAACCAAAUGCAGAGCUUGUAAUCCAAACCGUCACUGGAGAGAUCAAAACAAGCGCCUCAAAACCAAUGAGUAUGCUCAAAUUAUUGUGUUUGUCUUCAUGUGUGAUAACAAGAAAUUCCUGUUUAGCUGACUGUAAGAUCGGCACGCCGGAAGUCGGGUGUUCGACUGAAUGUUAUGAAGAUAACACGGAGUGUAUAACUGACUGCAACAAAGAAGAAAUUGAAAGACAGAAGGAAAAACUUGAAAAGCAACUUGAGAGGGCAUCGGAAACGGGUAUCUAUAAUAUACCUGACAACAAAGCCGAUAAGGUACAUGGCACAGUCAAAAUUAGUUCUACUAAACCAAUGAGUGCGCUUAAAUUGAUAUGCCAGACAUCAUGUAUGACACAAAAGAACUCCUGUUUAAAUGACUGUAAGAUAGGUAUACCGGAGGUCGGGUGCUCGACUGAGUGCUAUGAUGAUCAUAGAGACUGUGUGAAAGAAUGCAACGAAGAUGAACUGGAACGCCAAAAAGAAAAACUUGAAAAGCAACUUGAGAGGGCAUCUGAAACCGGCGUACAUGAAACACCGUAUACAAAUUUCAAACAAGGAGCGGUCAGGAUAAGCUCCACAAAACCGAUGAGCUUACUAAAAAUGCUAUGUCAGAGAUCAUGUGAUGCCAAAAGAAAUUUCUGCGUAGAUGAUUGUAAGGUUAGUACACCAGAGGUAGGGUGUUCGGCUGAAUGUUAUACUGACCAUAGAGAGUGUGUGGCUGAAUGCAAUGAAGAUGAAGUAAAACGGCAGAUAGAAAGACUCGAAAAGCAAAAAGAGCAGAUAUCAAAUACUGAUGUUUAUAAUUACUUAUAUAAUGACAUGUAUCUAAACCAUGGCGGAGACUAUGACUAUGGAACAUCAUCAAACUCAAACGAGGGGUGAAGGAAUUUAAAGAGGAUAUGGAAAUCUAAAAAGAAAGAAUACCCAUCUAAAGAGUUCACUCGAUCUGUCACACAACGUCCCACCCCGAUGUGCUCUAGACCUGAGUUCUCUUGACGACUCAGACAAAAACGACGAUAUCUAAGCCUAAAUUCAAUCCCUUGUAUACUGCUUUGAUUGAUGACUUAGACUUAUUCUUUAUGUUUCUUUGUUUGUUCUCAGUUUCCUAACAGUGUAAGAGUGUAAUUGUUAAUAUUUAUUUUUUGAGUGUUGUAUUUUGUAUCUUCAGUGAAGAAUCUCUUUACAAUCCCUUUUUACAAUAAAUUAUUUUCUUUUCUUA